GGCAAAACUAUCGACUAGUGAAAAUGCCUGCUUACUUGAUCUCUUCAACAACGACUGAAAGAAGCAAAAUAACUUAAAAGUUCAAUGGCUUCUUCAGGAAGGAUGCAUGUGAGCAGGCCCAAGUCAUCUAAGGGACGCAGCAGACCCAUGAUGGCUCCCACUUCCAGUGAGGAUCCACCUUCCCAGUCCUCGUCACUUUCACCCCAACCUCCAGCCACCAAGGCAAACGACAGGUUAAACCAGUGCCUUCAAUCCCGAGCCAUUCUGAGACGCUGCAGUCAACCUAGUACAGAUAUACUGACUGAAAUCUUCGACAGACCCCCCGAUGGACCCAUCUCACUCAACAAAUACAGGGUUCUCCCUUCCAUAGAGAAGAAAACAGGUACUGACCAGACAUUCGGUCAAGGUGACAGCAGCCGUAGGAUAUGUCAACACACUUCACGUGUCCACACAAAGGUCAAACCAGAUGUGACGUCAGGAAGUCAGAUGGGUCUAACUCCUCCAGAGGAACCAGGCCUGCUGCUCGCUAUCAGAACUCCAUGCGGUCAGAGGUUCAAGUGCCAUUUCCGGCCAGCAGACCAGCUCCAGGCGGUGCUAUCGGCUGCAGAGGCUGAAUUCGGGGAGAGGUUUGACAAUUGUGUGAUUGAGACUAUGGAUGUGCCACGAAGGACUUUUACAAACCUUACAAUGACCUUGGCUCAGUGUGGCGUCCUGAACAAAUCGGUUUUAUGCAUUUCCCAAGAUGACAGCAACAUGGAUUUAACUUGA